AGAAACAAAUAUGUAUGAUUAACGAAGUCAUAAGUAUAAGGUGGACACUGCCAGGAACCCAAGCCUUCAGCGUGGUCCCGGAGAAGCUGCAAAUCAGACCGUAGUCUUAUUAAUCAGCACUAUUCUGUCCUUUCUUUCUCAUUUACUCAAUAUAUUUCAUGUCAGUCGCAGUCCCUCAGCGUGCUCGCUCGCAUUCCCUUUCCUUUCGUCGCUCCGAGGUGACAUUAUUUGGUCAGAUUAUACGAUGAUAACUGAGGAAGAGGGAAUUUUCCUUAAAUCAAUCUUUGUGUGAUUAACAUACGCGGAACAAUUAGUGCUACUUCAGCAGUCGCAUAUUUUAAUGAAUACAUUUUGAAAUCUAAAAGACUAGCUUUCUUCCGUAAUGAAAAGUACCAUCUACUAAAUGGAUUCUUACUGAUUUACGAGUAUUCAUUAACAUAACAACCUCAGGCAGAUGACGUCAUAAUGCCGAUAUAAUAUCCCGAGUAAUACCGUCUUCGUAAAAAUUCCGAAUUAUUCCGUGAGUGUACAAGGACAGACCGGCCUUCAGAUGAAGACGAGCAUCAAAAUGGCAAGAUAUCAUAUGAUCACAUUGGCUGGGAUACUUCUGCUAAACUAUGUCUCAACUCAGAAUUCGCCAUCAUCUGUAGAGAUCGAAACUUCCGAAAGAGACCCUGAAAUCACAAAUGGAGCCCAUGGGAUGGAUUUAAGUACGAGUUCAAAAUCGUUUGAACAAGAAAAGCGAUUUGAUUCUAUAUCAGGAGUGAGGGGGAUGUCGGGUUUUACUAAAAAGAAUAUUGAUUUAAUUAACGGAGCAAGGGGAUUUAGAGGGUUUACAAAGAAAACGUAUGAUUCGAUUGGCGGAUCAAGAGGUCUCAUGGGAUUUAAUAAGAAAAGCUAUGAUUCAAUCAGCGGAUCAAGAGGUCUCAUGGGAUUUAACAAGAAAAACUAUGAUUCGAUUGGCGGAUCAAGAGGUCUCAUGGGAUUUAACAAGAAAAACUAUGACUCGAUUGGCGGAUCAAGAGGUCUCAUGGGAUUUAACAAGAAAAACUAUGACUCGAUCGGCGGAUCAAGAGGUCUCAUGGGAUUUAACAAGAAAAAUUACGAUUCGAUUGGCGGAUCAAGAGGUCUCAUGGGAUUCAACAAAAAAAACUAUGACUCUAUCGGCGGAUCAAGAGGUCUAAUGGGAUUUAACAAGAAAAACUAUGAUUCUAUUGGCGGAUCAAGAGGUCUCAUGGGAUUUAACAAGAAAAACUAUGACUCGAUUGGCGGAUCAAGAGGUCUCAUGGGAUUUAACAAGAAAAACUAUGAUUCUAUUGGCGGAUCAAGGGGUCUUAUGGGAUUUAACAAGAAAAACUAUGACUCUAUCGGCGGAUCAAGAGGUCUCAUGGGAUUUAACAAGAAAAACUACGAUUCGAUUGGCGGAUCAAGAGGUCUCAUGGGAUUCAACAAGAAAAACUAUGACUCUAUUGGAGGAUCAAGAGGUCUCAUGGGAUUUAACAAAAAAAGCUUAGAUCGAAUUAGCGGUUCACGAAGUUUAAAAGGGUUCAACAAGAAGAAUUUCGAUUCCAUAAAUGGAUCAAGAGGUUUACAAGGAUUCAACAAGAAAAGUAUCGAUUCAAUCAGCGGAUCGCGAAGUUUACAAGGAUUCAACAAGAAAAGUCUCGAUUCGAUCAGUGGAUCGCGAAGUUUUCAAGGAUUCAACAAGAAAAGUCUCGAUUCAAUCAGCGGAUCGCGAAGUUUACAAGGAUUCAACAAGAAAAGUCUCGAUUCAAUCAGCGGAUCGCGAAGUUUACAAGGAUUCAACAAGAAAAGUCUCGAUUCAAUCAGCGGAUCGCGAAGUUUAUCUGGAUUCAACAAGAAAGGUAUCGAUUCGAUCAGCGGAUCGCGAAGUUUACAAGGAUUCACUAAAAGGAAAUAUGAUUCCAUUGGUGUUGUUCGACACCAAUCUGGUUUCUCUAAAAGAUCUUUUGACCCAAUAUCCGGUAGUCACGGUUUAUCAGGCUUUGUUAAACGAGAAAAUGAUUUCAAUGAAGCGGAGAAAGCGGCAUUCGAAUCUGCAUAACGUUAUUUUUGUAAAUGUCUUGGGUUUCUUUUGAAAGUCUUAUUGAUUGUAUUAUAAGCUAUUCUUUACAUUUUUUUCAAAUCAGAAUUCACAAUAGGAGACGAUUAAUGACAUUUUGUAUGUGACUAAAACGCGGGAAAACAAUAGAUGGGUCAAAUGUACUAAUGUUUCACAAACCUGUGACAGAUCAGUUGUAAUUUGUUUACAGUAUUCUUUGUGUCCUUCAUGGAAAAUAAGUAUCAAUUUGUUUACAUUUAUCUUCGUUGUUCUCUUGAUACUUUCAUCUAUUUUAUGUAAUUUCUUCGAUAUUUAUACGAUGAUGAAUACUGUCAUUACAAAUAUCAUAUACAUUUGUACUUUAAACUGCAUAUUUGCAAUAAAUAUUUACUUUUCUACACGUAUAAAA